CUUCCCGUCAUGCAAUGCCUGUAAUGUCCGCCAUUAUCGCAGACUGACAGUGGUAUUUAGGUAUAAGCUAACUUGUUUUGUGAAUUGCAUUGUUUUGAAAGGCAUUUUUGGAAUCAAAAUGUAAUGUAUGCCUCGGGAAGUAGUAUAUGACUCUUACGGAGUUGACUAUGUGUGCCUGAUUGAACCAUGUCGCUCAAGAGAGCCCCUGUUUUGAUUGUACGUGUUUGCUGCUAGACUCACGAGUCCGAGCAAAAUGGCUGACACAAGGGUUUGUGACGAUCCCAGUUUGCCAAAGAAAAAGAGCACGUUCAAAAUAACAAGUGUCACUAAACCUACACGUGGUGGAAGCGGUGAGUUACAAAAUGACGCCGAUGGAGACAUGGAUAGUAUGGAUGAUCUGGACGAGAGUCAUACGGAAGACUUCAGCUCAGAAAUACUUGACAGCUCCAAAGCCACUGACAUAGAACAGGAUGCUGUGCUUACUCCAGAAGAGAUUUUCAAACCAGCAGAUGCCCAGUCUAGGUUCAGGGUAGUCAAAAUAGAAACUAAAGAGCCUUUUCGUCGUGGUAGAUGGUUGUGUCAUGACUUUUUAGACACACAGCCAGCUCCGGAAAAGUCAGAGGUAAAACAUGCCGAUGAAAUACACGUUCAUUCUGGUACAAAUAGUGCUAAUAGUUCCAUGCAUUAUGUGCAUGGGGUGGAUGAUCCUUCAAGGAACCCCCUCGCUGCUGGUGCCUUGGGAACUGUACAGCAUCUUUCUGAUGCUAGAUCUGCUAGUUUUUCUCCAAAUCCAGGUGAAACAUUUAAACCAAUCCAUCCUGCCCCCCAAGCUAGUCAAGCUCCUGCUAUGCCAGUAACCGCUAUUCCACCACAACGAAAAACUUCUGGUGUUGAUACAAUGAUACAAAAUCAGAGUCAGACCAUAAAUGCUGGACAGCAGAUAGGUACAACAAUCCAACCAGGAAAUCCUCAAAUGCAACAGCCCAUGCACAUACCCGUCGCUUCACACCCAAAUAUACAGCAAGUGCCCCAAGCUCAAACCAGUACAGCACCAAGCAUACCACAAACAGUAAUGGCUACAAACAUACAACCCUCAAUGCAUGUGCAUCAGAGCAAGGGGCAGAGUGUAAAUGUGCAUGCCCAGGCAGGGAAUGUGGGUGCAGGACAAGGUGGCAUGCAGUUACCCCAAAACCAUAUUGGUCCGGGUGUUUUGCCGCCGCAAUCAAUAGACCCUCACACACCUCAAAGCCAGAACUUUCCCGCGAUGACAUCAAUGUCCAUUGAUCAGAAGUCGCAGGGCCAAGUUUCCCAGAAUCCACUGGCUCAGCAACAUUAUGGACAGGUAAAUCAGACUGGAACUCACAGUAUUAAUGUCAGUGCUUCUCAGCAGAACCACGCUUCUAAUCCUGAUAAUCAACCUGACAGUGUACAUUCUCAGGUCCCCGAUAGUGGCCAGGGGGGACCCCAGCAAGUGACGCAUGGACAGGACGUUAACGCUAUAUCACGGCCAGGGUCCAUUUCCUUAACGAAUGACCAUGAUUCGAAUAAGGAACUAAUGAGGGAUGUGGGAAAUGAUUCGUCGGGACCACAGGCACUUCUGAGUCCCCUUGCUGCAGCAGUUAGUGGCAUGUCGCAGCCAGCAGACGAGAUCAAGGAUGACAGGUGCAGGACUCUCAAUGCUAGUCUCCACGGCGGCUCCAGUACUGUGGCCAUCGACAACAAGAUUGAACAAGCUAUGGACUUGGUCAAAAGUCACCUGAUGUUUGCAGUCAGGGAGGAGGUCGAGGUCUUGAAGGAGCAGAUCAAGGACCUCAUGGAGAAGAUCGGGCAGCUGGAGUACGAGAAUGGGGUUCUCAAGGCCAAUGCCACGCAGGAGACGCUGUCGAAACUGAACCUGCCCAAGCCCCAGCCUCCUUCGUCCUCAUCCUAGCAUACCCUGCUCAUCAUACAUGAAUAUAGAAUCAUGCAUCCACCCAGUUAAGCUUGAUAGUUUCAAGCACAGCCUCACGCUGUUAGCUCACGCGUGAUCAUGGCCAUGGGAUGGGAUACUUUGACUGCGCCCGGUCAACCUACUUCCCGCCCCGCUGCGUGUGGACUGGGAGCAUCAUUUUACCAGAACUGAUCAAUUUUCUGUGUUCGGAGAAUCAUAGAGAACUGUUCAUGAUAUCAUUGUCAUAUGGCUGGAUCAGCAGAUGCCACAACCCGGAACCAUCACAAGGCUUCCCGAACAGGAACCAGUCCUUCAGUCUGUGCUGGUGUGUUCCGCCCGUGGUCCUUCACUAUACACACAGAUCAAGCUUAGCCUUUCAUUCCUCGUACAGUACAGUACUCUACAACUUCUGGAAAUCUUCAUUGGGACUUCUUUGGAAUCAUCCAUGUGACUAUGCUUACAAUCCUUUAUGAAAUAUGCUAACAAGUAUCUUGACUUUGACAUAUCUUGCUUUUCACUGUGUUGGACUUUUAUCUACUUCUAUAGACUGUGCUGUUCAUCAUGAAGUGUUUUGAAAGAUCACUGGUGAGUUGUUGAAAGUAUUGCAAGGAUAUGGCGAGACUUCCUGUUGACUGAUGUAAGGUCAGGGCCUUCAUCCUACACUGUCUGACUGUGAUUGGUGGCAGUAGGUCAUGUGAGAACACGGACCUGCUGCUGCGAUGUAGUAGUAGUAGUAGUUAGUGUCCAGUUAGUGGUCAGUAACCAGCCGCCCAGCCAUGUCCAUCUGAGCUCCAACUGGUAAGGCUCUUAAGGGUCAAAACGUUGUGGAGGGGUUCCGUAGAGGAUAAAGAUAAGGGACACCUUAUGCGGCACAUGUGACGAAAGCGCUAUGGGUGUCGGCUCGGAGUACCAUGUGUAGAUCCUGUGUUGGGUACAGAGCACUAUGUACAAUGUGCCUGUGCUGGUGAGAGUUAACAUCUGUAAGCACUUGUGCAUGGCCUGUUCCCCAGUACAGUGUGCAUAUCCUGUAAUGCCUUGACAAAACAGAGUACACUACAGAUGGACAUUUUGAGGUUGCCACUGACCUGACACUGAUGCAAACCAAGCCGUACGGUGAUGGUUGAAGUGAGAUAUUCGAGCUCAGAUGGACAUGGGUCCAGCAGGGGCUGACCGACCCGUGAUCACCGAGUGCUUAUGUAUAUAUAUAGUGUAUUAUAUCCUUGGCUGAUGUAUGACAUUGUAUGCAUUGCCUGUGCUGACUCGGCAUAAUUAGUAUUUUAUGCGAGUGUGUAUAUGUUUUAUAUUUCACACAGUGUGAUAUAAGCUUUGUGGAUGAUAACAAGCUUUAACCCCCUUACGGUGACUGUAUAUUUCCAAUAUGACUUGUGAAUCUGUACAUAGAGAUUGUUCCUUGACUUGUGUUGCAUAUUCUUAGUGUUAUGACAGGUGUUCUCCUAUUUUCAUUAUGAAACCAAGAGCCAGUAUGACAUGGCAGAGACAUCUUCGUGUCAUUGUAUGGACGAUGGUCAUUGAUUCCGGGAAAAUGAAUAUCAUUCUAAACGAAUAAAAGUCAUAUAAGUUGACAUGAGAGUAGUUCUCUGGCCACACUGUCAGAUGUCUUGUACUAUGUGACCAGGAAAAUUUGUACUGAUACUCGUAUCCUAUUCAUAUUUAUCUCUUAAGGAAUAUCCGUCAUAUAUAUCCCUUAAGGAAUAUCCUUGUUGGGCAUUGCUGUUUUUCAAAGGUUGCGAUUGAGGUAAGACUAGUCAUUUUAACACGACAGGAACCACUUUAGGCAGUUCAUUCUUGCGUUCAGUAAUACUGCCAUGUUUAACAUGAACAUUCAGGGGGCCUCAUCCUUACCCAAAUGUUGCUAAACAAGGCAACAAUAAGGUUUUGGUUCCAAGAACAUAUUUCCACUUUGAAAACUGAUACGGUUUAACCCUUUGGAUAGUAAAAAAGGAUUCACCUCCUUUCAUUCUGAUAGAAAAUUCAUUCAUUCCGAUGAAGGUUGAGUUAUUGAUUGAUGUCAUGUGCGAGAGAUAUGGUGAAGAUAUGGUAUCUUUCGAGGUGCCAGGAUUAAGAAGCAUUCCAAACCUGUGACGGCGAUCAUUCUCAGUAGAUCUAGAUGUUUAAUAAACCAGGCCAUCACCCUUCACUACUGGCCUGCUUGGCCACACCCAACUUUGGCCAACUUCAGUUCUCUUUUGUAAAUUGGUAAAGACCUCUUUUAGAUUUCCCCUUGGACAACCCUGUGAUCCUUGUCUAGACUUACCGUUCAACGUUUGUGCACCUUGUCCCAAAGUACCAACCCCCACAGAACGACUGUCAACAGCCUUGAAUGCUGUCACUCUUCUUGUUCCUGUAGGUGAACCUAACCAUGACACUGCUUCAUAGGAUGUUCUGUGCCAUGCACCGUUUAAUGCUAUGUUGCAGUAAUAUUCAUUUGUAGGUAAAUUCCUGAAACAUUUUCUUCUGGAAUAUUCAUUGAAUUGCCUGGCGGAUUACAUCAUGACUUAAAAAAGUUUAAAUUAUCCAAGACUGUUAAGAAAAUCCUAUAAUAAUAUAAUCUACGGUUUUCUCAAAUUUUAUGAAAAAGGGAAUAAAUAUUGUUGUAAAACAUUUUGAGGAAAAAAGUCAAAUUUUCAAAUGUGCUUGCAUGAAUGAGAUUAAGGGCUAUGUCGACCUGUGACUGGGUAAGACUCUGUGGGUGGUGAAGCCAUGACUGACUGACACGCCCACAGCAGGGAGACAGUGACAUGUGUCAGCAGAACAAGGUUAUCAUCAGGACUAGCAUGCUCAUAAAGAUACAGAUUGAUUCUUACAGCCUGUGUCGGGCCUGACGAUUGAGAUAUGUAUAAUACUAUGUAAAUAUGUUGAUAACGGACUUAAAUGUUUGUUGGAAUUGUAAAUGCUUCAAGUCAAUUGCUACAUGAAUAAAUAAACAAUGUUCAUUA